AUGACCAUUCCACACACCAAAACCAUUUGCGUCUUUUGCGGCUCUUCUUCGGGCAAAGAUGAGUUUGUGACCAAGGCUGCCGACAAGCUCGGAAAGCUGUUUGUUGAAAACCAAUGGGGACUCGUCUACGGCGGAGGAACGACGGGAAUCAUGGGAUCUGUGGCCCGAGCUGUCGCUACCCGAGGUGGCUACGUCAACGGUAUCAUUCCCGAGGCGCUGAUCCACAAGGAACAAAACAAAAUCAAUCCUCCCACCGUGGAGGAGUACGGACAGACAACUGUGGUGCAGGACAUGCAUACUCGAAAGCGGCUCAUGGGCCAGGAGGCUGAUGCGUUUGUAGCCCUUCCCGGUGGCUACGGAACCGCAGAGGAGCUGUUUGAGGUCAUUACCUGGAACCAGCUGGGAAUCCACUCCUGUCCCAUCGUGCUGUUCAACAUCAACGGUUUCUACGAUGGCCUCAUUGAAUGGAUCAACAAGGCCGUGGAACAGGGGUUCAUUGGCAACGGCGCUCGAGACAUUGUUGUUGUAGGUGAGACGGCCGAGGAGGUCAUUGAGAAGAUCAAGGAGUACAAGGUCGCCGAGGGACGGUUCACCCUCGACUGGGGAGACCAGGGCCCUAAAAAGUGUGACCAUUAG